GAAAGCAAAAUGAAUCCCAAAAUAUAUGGAUUAAAAUAAUAUUCUAAAACCAAAUGAAGACUUCUAAAAUCAUAACAAAACCGAAAUUAUGUAUUUUCUUUAUUUUAUAACAACAAUACCUAAAUGUAUGUUAAUUUCAAAGUUCAAAGUUUGGGGACUUUUAAGACAAUUAAAAUGAAAUUCGUAAUUUAAACUAAUAUAUUUACUUAUCAAAUUUGAAAAUUUUCGAACUUUCUAAACGGGCUUAUGUUGGGCCGAGACAGAAAGUUUGAGGCCCAACUCUUAUUGGGUUAUUAUCCAAUACAGAAAUAUCUGGGCUUAGGCCUCUCAUCAUCAACGUUUCCCUCCAAAACCAGGAAAAAUAGCAUUCUUCUUCUGAUUUCUGUGCAGAAUUUCAGUUUUGGAACGCGGUGAAAAUCAAUCGUUCAAUCAAAUGGCUAAGUGUUCAUUCGAAUGGUGGCAUGCACCCAUCGUCUUCUCCAUCUCUGUAGUUUUAGCCUUCUUCGCCAUAACUACAGCUCUGCACUCUACUACUUCCCACUCUGCAACUCCACCCAACAAAGCCAUGGCCGACGAACUCUCUUUAAACGCAUCAAGAGCCUUAAGAAGAGCCGGUUUCAACACCAUUGCCACACUUCUUCAGGUCUCCCCUGAACAUUUCUUCUCCCCUCAAAAUUCCACCAUCUUCGCUAUUAAAGAUUCCGCCAUUUCCAAUACUUCCCUCCCUCCAUGGCUUCUCAAGAAUCUCGUCCAAUACCACACUUCCCCUUCCAAGCUUUCCAUGGCUGACUUGUUAAAGAAGCCUCAAGGGGUCUGUCUCCCGACCCUUUUGAUGCCAAAGAAAAUUGCUAUCACUAGAAUGAAUUCCACUGCUAGAUUGGUUGAGAUCAAUCAUGUUCUUGUCACUGACCCUGAUAUUUUUCUUGGUGGGAAUGUUUCCAUUCAUGGAGUUCUUGGCCCAUUUUCUCCUCUUGAUCCUCUUGAUGUUCGUCAGGGAUGGAGCUUCAUUCAAGCGCCGUUCUGUGAUUCAAAUGCCACUGUAAUUUCAGAUCCUCUUGAAACCAAGAAUGGGGUUGUUGGGGUUGAAGUUGAAUGGAGAAGAAUCAUACGGUGGCUUAGUGCAAAUGGGUUUGUUUCUUAUGCAAUCGGAUUGCAAUCUGUUCUUGAAGGGAUUCUUCAAGAAUUCGAAGGAUUGAAAUCGAUUACCGUCUUUGCACCGCCGAAUUUGGCCUCUGUAGCAUCUCCAUCGCCUGUUCUGAAUCGAGCUGUGAGGCUUCAUAUUGUUCCUCAAAUGGUUACAUACAAAUCCCUCGCUUCGUUGCCGGCCAAAACUUCGCUCAAGACGCUCGUCUCCGGUCAAGAUCUCGAGAUCCUCGGAGGAGUUCGGGUUCCGAGAGGAACGGUGGUCGUUAACGGCGUGGAGAUUGUCUCGCCAGAGAUUUUCCGAUCAGGGAACUGUGUAAUCCAUGGAAUUUCUCGGUCGCUUGAGAUCGUCGGUUUACCUCAUUCAUCAAGAUGACAUCGCUGCUUCAAUUAGUGGAAAUUCAAUCCGUCCA